AUGAACAAAAACCCUUUCGUGCCUCAGCCGCAUUAUCAACCGCCGUUACCACCUGGUCCUCCCCCUCCCCCACCCGGCCAAGCGGAUUAUACCGGUUAUUGGGCUGCUGCUGCACAACAGCCAGCCUACAACCAGCAAUGGACACCCCCCCAGCCACCACGGCCUCCAGCUGACCAAAGCUCGUUAUAUGCUAAUUAUGGCUACGGAAACAACUGGCGACAACAACAGCAGCAACAACAACAACAGCCAGCGCAACCCCCUCAAGCUCAUUUUCACCCACCCCUUCCGGCCCAACCUCCUCCUCCUGGCUAUAAUCCAUACCAACCAGCAGCUGGAUACAGUCAGCCAUAUGUUCCACAGCCCCAACCCAUUCCGUUCGUUCAACAUCCGCCACAAGCACCAUUUUUUGCUCCCCACCAAAUGCCGCCUCAGCCAAUGCAACAACAGCAGAGACCGCCCAUCCAUCACACUCCACCUCACCAGCUACCCCCAGCAAAACGGCAGCGCUUUGACGGUCCCAACCAAAGACCGCCACCGCCGCCACCGGCCCAUCCACCACAAUUUCAGCCGCCCUCUCAACCAGCUUUAUUCCCUGGACCUCAACGUGGCGGUGCUCCCAAUACUGGAGGUCGCGGAGGACAACCGAAUCGAGGUCGAGGAGGCUCGUUUAAUGCUAAUCGUGGAGUCAGUGGCGGUGCCGCAAUGUCUGGGAGAGGAAGAGGUGGUGGUAAUAUGGGAAAUUUCGCUGCGGGAGGAAUGCAAAAUGGGCGUGGAGGCGGUCAGUUACGGGGCCAUGGCUCACGCGGAAACUUUGGAAACAAGGACUUCCACAACAGGCGUGGUGGUGGGUCGUUCCAGAACUCAAAUUCGUUCAGAGGGCGAAAUCAAGGAAAUUCCUCUCGGAACCGAAAUGAUGGCAAUAAUUUUGGGACCCGCGACGGGCCGUCUAAUUCGAGCUACGGCUCUGGUAAGAAGGACGAAAACCGAAGGACGCUCACCGACUUUAAGCUGAUUGGACUCGAGAUUCCUGAGCUUACGUGGUCUUGGGGUGUCAUACCUCUGCCCGUGAAAGCAGAGUCUGAAGAGGUUUCUCUGACUUCUGACGAUGCAGAGCUCAAACCUGGCGAUGUUGUGAAGCCUGUUUCUGAACCAGGCAAGAGAAAAAAGAUCGAGUCUGAUGAUGGGGAUGACGAGGACCGUCGAGGCCCGCCACCGCCACCUGGUUUGAAUGAUGAUCGUUCCAGUGUGGCUGCUAGCGUGGCUCCAAGCGUGGCGGAGACAGUCAGCGAAGGAGACUGGCUUAUGGCUGCCAUUUCUGCUGAAGGGGAAGACGAAUCUCAUGGGCCAGACGGCCAUGAUGAUGGAACUGACGCUGGAGUUGAGGCAGACACCGAUGGACAUGUUGCUGAGACUAUGUCUGUUCAUGACGAUGACACCGUUGACGAGCAGGAGCACGAUGUUUCCGAAAGCGCACCGUCAACAGACUCUACCCUUGUUCCACUGGUCGAGGACAUUGACGAUUCUCUUUCUACCAUGGUUUCCUCUUCUUUGGACGGAUCACUGUUUCCAUCCACCACGGAUGAAUCAGUUGCUCCAGUUUCUCAUGACCAGGCUGCUUCAGCCGACGUUUCUUUGACCAAGCCUUUAUCUGGUGCAGCAACACUUUUGAGUAUCGAUAAUGCUGUUCCCCUUACUUCUCUUGUCCCGGAGCCAACUGUCAUUAUCGCUCAUGACGCUCACGACAAUGAACAGACACAGGAUCUAGAAGCUACCCAAGUCGACGACCCUCCACCUUCUUCUGCUGCAUCAACUACAAAUGGCGACGUGCUACAGACAAUCAAAAUUGUAACCAAGGUUCCCGCGGCCAAUCGAUUGUCAUUGUCCUACGAAGGUGGCAAUCGUCGACUUAUUUUGGAUGCAGACAUUGUUGAGGGAAUGACGCUCUUUCGCCGUGAGGGCCGUGCAGAGGUUCGCAUCAACCUCGUUUCGGAGGGUGAUACUGGCAUCAAGGGUGUUUACAUGGAGACUUUGUCAGACGUUACCAAGUCUUACCAUCUCCUCGAAAACACCACCAACAAUGGCGAAUUCCCUCCAUUUUCUCAAGCUACAACCCCACUGACAGUUACAUUGAUCAUAUAUCUUGAUACCGUUCGACCGUUGUCUGAACCGAAAUGGGUCAAAACAGGCGACAUACCUGAGUGGCUAAAGAGUCUGUUUGGACGCAUGUUUUGGUUUGCUGGAGAUGCUUCUGAAAGCUGGGAGAAGAAAAUUGUUGUUUCCGACCCUGAUCCGCCUCCAACUCUAACGACUGUUCUAGAGGGAUGGUCGUCUUCUUCUGGCGCUGGCAAUCUCAGUGAACGCCAACGCUUCCUGAAGACCCAUCUGAACGAAAUGGACAAUGUGCUUGAAAUUCUUCUUCGACUCGUUCGCGGUAACCAGCCUACACCAUUGGCCUCGCAAACCGGCAGUCCUUUGACUGGUCCUCUUCUUUCUUCGAUUGCCCCGGGCUCAAUCCAUGGCGCUCAACAAACUCCCGUUUCCCUGGCUGUUUUGGCAAUGUUCCGUAUGACUCUAGAUUAUGCUACCCAAGCUGGAGGAGACAAGGCAAAGACAGAUGCUGAAGAACGAUUGGGGGAGAUCAUUCGGUGUCUGCCUCCAAGCCAGAUCCACAAAAGUUUGGAUGCCAUCUUCAAGGAGUGGAAGAACUCGUCCCAAACAGACAAGAAAAGUAGAUAA